AUGACUUUCCUUCCUCAGUGGUUAACUUUUCUGAAAGGCAAAGAAGUUAUUGUUGCUAACGUUAUAAUUGCAAUAUUGACAAUUGGUGGGCAGCAGCUUUUCUCAUUUUUUACGUUCAGCUGUCCCUGUCAUGUUGGGCAGAACCUUAUCUACGGGCUAGCUUUCCUAGGAGUUCCUGCGCUGAUCCUCCUGCUUGUUGGUUUUGCCCUGAAUAACCAGACUUGGAGGCUGGUAACGGGCAAAAGAUCUCCUUUUCAGAAAGAGACUACACCAAACCGGUUACUGCAAUGCAAACUGAUCUGCUUCGUCUUGUGCAGCAUCACUGGGAGAGCCCUGGUUGCUCCAGUAACGUGGCUAGCAGUCACUCUGAUAAACGGCUCCUAUUAUGUCUGUGCCAUGAGUGAGUAUGUCUCCGUGUAUUAUUAUGGAGAUAAUCUUAAUGUUACUGAUAGCGAACGCAGAAGGAUAUUGGCUGAAUUUCCCUGCAGUCAGUUAGUUCCUCCAGAGCUGACCCGGGCGAGAGAUGAAGUGAUUCUCCUACUCCGAUACCAAUCACAGGUGGCUGGCUGGCUUCUGAUUGCUGUGGUAGUCAUCACUGUCUUCUUGUCUUACUGCCUGGCAAGCUGCUUCUCCCCACUCAGCUUUCUACAUUUUAGAUACUGGAGCAGCUACGUCCAUAAUGAGCGGGAGCUUUUUGAUGAAGCGACAGACCAGCACUCCAGGCUCUAUGCCAUGCAGCAUGUAAGAAAAUUCUUUGGCUUUGUCCCAGGGAGUGAAAAUGUAAAGGAAAUCCGUAUCCCGUCUCUCAAGGAGUGGCAAGCCAUUUCUGGACUGGCCUUUCUAAAACAAGUGGAUGAGGAGCACUAUGACUACAGCCUCCUCCAUGACUGGGCCCUCAAGGAGACUGUAGAUGGAAAAUACCUGAAGACUGAUGAAGACCCUGCGAUCAGGGCACAGCUCUGA